CCUCCCCCGUGCCGGGGCGCGGCGGAGGGAUGUGGGGCUUUGCGGGAGGAAGGCUUUUCGGCUUCUUCUCGGCCCCGGUGCUGGUGGCGGUGGUGUGCUGCGCCCAGAGCGUGAACGAUCCCGGGAACAUGUCCUUUGUGAAGGAGACGGUGGACAAGCUGUUGAAAGGCUAUGACAUUCGCCUGAGACCCGACUUCGGGGGUCCCCCGGUCUGCGUGGGUAUGAACAUUGACAUCGCCAGCAUAGACAUGGUUUCCGAAGUCAACAUGGAUUACACCUUAACCAUGUAUUUUCAACAAUACUGGAGAGAUAAAAGGCUCGCCUACUCUGGGAUCCCCCUCAACCUCACGCUCGACAAUCGCGUGGCCGACCAGCUAUGGGUGCCCGACACGUAUUUCCUAAACGACAAAAAGUCGUUCGUGCACGGCGUGACGGUGAAAAACCGCAUGAUCCGGCUUCACCCCGAUGGGACGGUGUUGUAUGGCCUCAGAAUCACCACAACCGCAGCGUGCAUGAUGGACCUGAGAAGGUACCCCUUGGACGAGCAGAACUGCACCCUGGAAAUCGAAAGCUAUGGCUACACCACAGACGACAUUGAAUUUUACUGGCGUGGCGGCGACAAGGCUGUCACCGGCGUGGAGAGGAUCGAGCUGCCUCAGUUCUCCAUUGUGGAGCAUCGCCUGGUCUCGAGGAAUGUCGUCUUCGCCACAGGUGCCUACCCGCGGCUCUCUCUGAGCUUCCGGUUGAAGAGGAACAUCGGAUACUUCAUUCUGCAGACAUACAUGCCCUCGAUACUCAUCACCAUCCUCUCGUGGGUGUCCUUCUGGAUCAAUUACGAUGCAUCUGCGGCUAGAGUUGCCCUUGGGAUCACCACCGUUCUGACCAUGACGACCAUCAACACGCACCUGCGCGAGACGUUGCCCAAAAUCCCCUACGUCAAAGCCAUCGACAUGUACCUCAUGGGCUGCUUCGUCUUCGUGUUCCUGGCCCUCCUGGAGUACGCCUUUGUCAACUACAUUUUCUUUGGAAGAGGCCCGCAGAGGCAGAAGAAGCUUGCGGAGAAGACAGCCAAGGCCAAGAACGACCGUUCAAAGAGCGAAAGCAACCGGGUGGAUGCUCACGGGAACAUCCUGCUGACAUCCCUGGAGGUUCACAACGAAAUGAACGAGGUGGCGGGCGGCGUGGGCGAGACCAGGAAUUCAGCAAUAUCCUUUGACAACUCAGGAAUCCAGUACAGGAAACAGAGCAUGCCUCGGGAGGGGCACGGGCGGCACUUCGGGGACAGGAGCCUCCCGCACAAGAAGACCCACCUGCGGAGGAGGUCUUCGCAGCUCAAAAUCAAAAUCCCCGACCUGACCGACGUGAACGCCAUAGACCGGUGGUCCAGGAUCGUGUUCCCGUUCACUUUCUCCCUUUUCAACCUAGUUUACUGGCUGUACUAUGUCAACUGAGUGACUGUACUUGAUUUUUCAAAGACUUCAUUUAACACCGAGUGGAAUAUUACUUUGCCUGUCCAGUUUUUAUACCUGUACACACAAACAGACACACACACGCGUGCGCGCACACAUAUAUACAUACGCAAUUGUAUAUAUAUGUGAACUUUCUCAGCAUAUAUAUAAAAUACACGUGUAUAUGAGGAUGUAUGUGUAUAUGUUUUUCCAUGCAGGUGUAAGGGAAACAGAUACACAUACAUACAUUUUGCAGCCAUGGACAAAUUUACCAGAGAACGCGUACUUAAAGAAAGUCAUCAUUCUUUUUUGUUUUGUUUUUUUCUUUUCUAAUUGAAAGGGACAAGCAUUGUCUAAAUAUUAUGCCUUGAGAAUGAGGGCGUGAAACAUAAUCUCAUCCCAAACUGUGUCCUUUCUUGUCACAAGUUAGCUGUUUUAGUUGAACAAUCCGAAAGACUCCCUUAGUCUUCAGAAACUCAUCCAGUGCUGUUGGUAGUUUCAAAUGAAUCACCCACUUCAUAGCCUCUCUUUCAGUUUACUAAGCGAAGGUUUUUCGGCUUUCUUGGCGAUGGGGUUUCUUUCAUUGGACGUGUUUUUCUGCGCUGGUUCUGUGGGGGAGGCGAUCCCGCUCACCUCCUGUCUUAAACGUAGCUAGAGCCCACGUUGACAUCGGAACACCCAUCUUGGGAAAACCGCUCGGGACGGCUUCUCCUUGUAAGUAGUCUACUGUACAGUGUAUUUUUGUGUUAAGUCGGAGUGGAUCGGCUUGCCUGUCCUGUGGGAACUCAGUGGCAAUGUUCAGUUGACAUUCCUAUCACUGAAAAUGUGCUCCGCGUCUCCUAUACGGAUUCCCAGGCCUGGUAUUUUCACGGGAAGCAUAGACGUCUCAGGUUAUUUGUUCCUCUGAGGUCAAACCAUCUAGAACGACCUUCCCCCUUGUCUUUCCAUUACCAAUCGCUCUUUAUAAAUAACAUUGUAUGUUACUAUAAAAUAUAUUUGCAUAAUAUGCAUAUGUAUGUAUAUUUACCAGAUUUUGGGUUUUAUGCUCGCUCUCAUGGCAGCAUGCAAUGUUCUACUUUUCUGUGAUGUGACUCCUUUCUGUCAUCUAGAAUUCCGAUUGAAGCUAAGACACUUCUGUUCAAUGUCAGAAACCAAGAAACAUCCUCAUGCCUUCAUUUCCGAACCUGACAUGUGUCAUACGCACAUCCAACCCCUCCUGCUCCGACUAGGACACUGAGGGAGGGUGACCGGUCCUCACACGCAUCAUCCACUGACCCAUGACCGUUCUCUUGAGGCAAAGGACAACGACCCGGCCACACACACUUUGCUUUCCUUCUGAUCCACAGCCUCAUCGGUAUUUGGACUUUUUAAAGCUCGUUGAAACAUGACAAGGUGCACCGGUUUCAUAGACGCAAACUUAACUUACUAUUUAGAUGAGCUCUUUCUAAAGAAACAAAAAAGAGAUGAUAUAUUUUUUGUAAACAAUCUUUCUACCACAGGCAUCCAUAAACUGAAAUGACUACGGUUGUGCAAGCAGGUGUCACAGUGAAGUUAAGCAUUUGGAGAGGAAAAAAAAAAAAAGCAAAAUAUUCCAAAAAGAACUAUGAAAUUAAGCCCCAGCUACCAGUUAUGCUUUACCCUCUGUCCUGUCCAGUGACUAGAGCGUCACCCAGUUCCCUAGGAGCUGGGGCCCGUGUUCCCCGCAAGGACAGAGGGACCACCUUUCCGAGGAUGGGCGUGGGGCGGGCUCUCCCCAUGAGCUGACCAUCACCAGGUUUCCUCUGGUGGCCAUAACAACCUUUAAC